CCGGGAGCGGCGGCCGCCCGCUCGGAAAAGGCGCGCAAACGGUGGGGGUGAUGGAGAACUAGGUAGAGAGAGGAGGGAGAGAGGCGCAAAGAGGGGCUGUCGGGAUCGGCGAGGCGCCUCUGGUGAAACACCGAAAUUCGAAUAUGGUUUCCAGUUUUCGAGUCUCAGAACUUCAAGUGCUAUUAGGUUUUGCUGGACGUAACAAAAGUGGUCGUAAACAUGAACUUCUUGUAAGAGCACUACACUUAUUAAAGAGUGGCUGUAGUCCAGCUGUUCAGAUCAAGAUUAAGGAACUGUACAGACGACGCUUUCCUAGAACAAUUGAAAGCCUUGCUGACUUGUCAGCUAUAAAAUCUUCUGUUUUCUCUUUGGACAAUAAUCUCUCAACUGACUCUGAGUUGGGGUCAGGUAUUGCACAGUCUUCGUCAUCCACAUCAGCUCCUGCUCAGCCCUCUUCUCCACUAGUUAGCUCAGUGUUACUGCAUGAGACUAAACCCAAUAUAGAAAUGCAAGAGGCUUCUCCCUCCAUCCAUCCUGUCCAUCCAGAUGUCCAGUUGAAAAGCAUACCCUUUUAUGAUGUCCUGGAUGUGCUUAUUAAACCGACAAGUCUAGUGCCGUCAAAUAUUCAACGAUUCCAGGAAAAAUACUUUAUCUUUGCAUUGACGCCUCAGCAAGUAAAAGAAAUAUGCAUUUCUAGGGAUUUUCUGCCAGGUGGAAGAAGAGACUAUAUUGUGCAGGUUCAGUUGAGGUUUUGUCUUGCAGAGACGAGCUGUCCCCAGGAAGACAAUUAUCCUAAUAAUUUAUGUAUAAAAGUAAAUGGAAAACUAUAUCCAUUGCCAGGGUUUACACCGCCAGUUAAAAAUGGCGUUGAACAGAAGCGGCCUGGUCGGCCUUUAAACAUCACAUCGCAAGUUAGACUCUCAUCAGCUGUACCCAAUCAGAUUUCUGUUUCUUGGGCACCAGAAAUGGGAAGAAAUUAUUCUGUGUCUGUAUUUCUGGUAAAGCAACUGACAUCGGCUGUGUUGCUGCAGAGGCUGAGAAACAAAGGCAUCAGGAAUUCUGACCAUUCCAGAGCACUUAUUAAAGAAAAGCUGACUGCAGAUCCUGAUAGUGAAAUUGCAACCACAAGUCUAAGAGUUUCAUUGAUGUGUCCAUUGGGGAAGAUGCGUCUGACAGUUCCUUGCCGUGCGGUCACCUGCACACAUCUACAGUGCUUCGAUGCUGCCCUCUACCUUCAAAUGAAUGAAAAGAAGCCCACAUGGAUUUGUCCAGUGUGUGAUAAAAAGGCAUCCUAUGAUAGUUUAAUAAUAGAUGGAUUGUUUAUGGAAAUCCUGAAUUCUUGCACUGAUGUAGAUGAGAUUAAGUUCCAAGAAGAUGGCUCUUGGUAUCCAAUGAGGCCCAAGAAGGAAUCUUUGAAACUCUCCAAUUCACAGUGUACAAAAGUUGAACUUGCAUCAGGUUCAACUGUCACCAACAAGACUGGUUCUGCUGUGCCAACCAGUGAACCAAGUAGCAAUAAAAAGGUUGAGGUCAUAGAUCUUACAAUUGAUAGUUCCUCCUCAGAUGGGGAGGAAGAACCUCCACUAAAAAAAAGGUGCAUAUAUCCUUCAGACACUGAAGAUACUGCCAAUAAAAGUGUUCUGGCAUAUCAGCCAUCUUCUGUACGAUUGCCAAACGUUACAACAGUGGAUACAAGUUUCCUGCCUCAGUUAGCAGAUUAUCCAGCCACAUUCCAUCACUCAACAAUGGCAGCUCUCCCCCCUGAGAUUCAAAAUUUGGACUUCUUCUCAUUGUUUCAGAGUGAUCCCCAGUACUGUCAAUCUAUAUUUCUGGACAAUCUCUCCUCUGCCGUUGGACCACCGACAAUGACACCCACUACUGUUGGCGGAAGCAUCAUCUCAUCAACCCAGCACCAUGAAAGCAACAGCAGCAGCCGAACAGAAACCGGGGUGAUAGCAGGAGGCGGGGGAACAGCCAGCAGCAUCCCAGACAUUAUUUCUUUAGACUGACAGAUUUCACAGACUUAAUUUUUUUUUAAUCCAUGUGCUGCAACAGGAGGGGUGGGAUUGGAGGAAGAAAGAGUGGAACAGCAAUCAUACUGCAGCCAAGGACCUAGACUAAGCAUUUUGUGCAUUCUCCACAAGGCUGCCACUUUAUUUUUGUUUUUAAAUACCAAGAGCCUUGUUGACUGUCAGCAUUCACUGAGACUUGCUCAGUGCAACGCUUCUUUGGAUGGGUAUGAAAACAAGAAUGGAUGGCAAGAACUGAGAAUUUAAACCUGAAAUCUUGCCUGAAGUACCUGACCAGAGUGAACUUGAGGUACAGUGAAAGCAGAAGACAAAACUGUAAUUUGUUCUUUUGCAAUUAAUGUAAUGUUUUAUUAACGGCCACCAAUGAAAUUAGCAGUGAUUUCUUUUUCUUCUGCCAGUUGACUGGAUAUCCACAGCUCUCUUUUCAAAAAUAUGCUUUGUCUCUGUAAAAGUUUGAAUUAUUGGUGCUUUAUUGUGAAAAACAUUAUAGCCUCAACCACUGUUGAAGAAUCCUAUUCUGUCUGUUGUUGAGGUUAAAUGCUGUAAUCCUGACUCAAAUGCAAUAACUGAGCCAGAAGUUAACAUCUUUUGGAUAAGGCAUUGUAUUAAUCAGUUCUGAAAUUUAACUCUUUAAUGAUUAAAUUUCGUAUAAACUUGUACCAUGUUUCCAGGAUGGCAAAAAAAUACA